AUGGCUUCAAACGAUGAUCUCAAGGCGCACGCCGCCUCCAAUCAAGAUUUUUACGCUCUACUAGACAUCUCCCCAGCAGCCGCCGAAAACGAGAUCCGUCGGGCGUACCGAAAGACUGCUCUGAAAUACCAUCCCGAUAAAAUCGCGAACCCAACACCUGCAGAUAUCGACAAGUUCCACACGUUACAGAUUGCCUACGAUGUCCUCUCUGAUCCGUCGGUACGACAGCUCUACGAUAAUGCGCGGGAGGCGCGACAGCGGAAGCAGCGCGAGCGGGAUAUGAUGGAUGCGGCGAAGAGGAAGAUGAGGGAGGAUCUGGAAGCGAGGGAACGCGCUGGUGCUGCGGCGGUGGGUGGUGCGCCUCGCGGGGUGAAACGGACGUGGAUGAGUGGGACGGGGGAUGAUGAUGCGGAGGAGAAGCUGCAGCGGGAAAUUGAGCGGAUCGCGGAGGAUGGCCGGCGGCGACGACGAGAGGCGGAGGAACGAUUGAAGCAGAAGGUCGAUGAGGAGGAGAAGCAGAUGCGCCAGGAGGAGGAAGAGGCACAGAAGGCUGCCGAUAAGAGUAGCCAGCGGGUCGAUCGUUCGCAGGAAGGUGGAGCGAAUGUGCCGGAACUCGAACGAGCUGUGAAGGCGCGUUGGGUUCGUGAAGGUCGGGGCGUGGACUUGGAUAAGGAUCGCUUAACGUCUUUGUUCACUCCGUUUGGCAAGGUUGAAAGUGUUGUUGUGCUCAAGGAUAAGCGGCAACGUAUUGGAGAUAAGCGUUCUUCCUCUAACUUGCGGCUGAGAUUUAAUCGGGCAAAUAACUGGCGUUGUGGGGAUUAUGUAUAG